CUUGGUACAACAAUGGGUUGCGAUGGACCAAAGUCCUUUAUCAAAGUUAAGGAGAACCUGUCCUUUUUGGAUAUUGCCAGACAACAGCAUGAGGUGUUCAACACAACGCACAGCUCUACGGUCCCACUCCUUCUUAUGAACUCUUUCUACACUGAGGAACAAACCCAAAAAGCCUUAGGCCCAGAUAGUGGUGUGCAGACGUUUUGUCAAUCAAAAUGUCCUCGGAUAUGGGCUGAUACGCUUCUGCCUGUUGAGGGCACGGAAACGAACCAAGAGUGGUAUCCUCCAGGCCACGGGAACAUUUUUCAUGCUCUGAGUGCAUCUGGGGUUUUGGAUGAAUUGCUAGGUCAAGGUAAAGUAAACGUUUGCCAAUACUUAGAAGUGUUAUGA